UGCAUUUAUGGAAAAAGAAAAAUUGGAUAGUAAGAUAAUAGAAUAUUGUAACACUGCAAUGGAUCCCUCAGCAGAAAACAGUAUGUAUGUAAACAAAGUAUGGGUUCAAUGUGAGAGUGAAAGCUGUUUGAAAUGGAGAUUGUUGUCAAGUAAGGAUGCAGCCAGAGUUGACCACAAUAAACCAUGGUACUGCUUCAUGAACGCUGAUUCAAGAUACAAUAACUGCUCUGUUUCUGAAGAAGACUUCCCUGAAGAGUCUCAGCUUCAUGAAAGUGGAUUUAAGAUUGUCUAUUCACAGCUCCCUCUUGGAAGCCUGGUUUUGGUAAAAUUACAGAAUUGGCCAAGUUGGCCAGGGAUACUUUGCCCAGAUUCUUUUAAAGGGAAAUACGUGAUCUAUGACCUGGAUGGAAAUGUUGAACAAUACCAUGUAGAAUUCCUGGGAGAUCCCCAUUCAAGAUCAUGGAUAAAUGCAACAUUUGUUGGACAUUAUAGUAUCACAUUAAAGCCAGAAAAAUGUAAGAAAAAAAAGAAAUGGUAUAAAAGUGCACUACAAGAAGCCCGCCUCCUCUAUGGAUACUCCCAUGAGCAAAGACUGGAAAUGUGCCACCUAGCAAAACAGGAUAAAUCCAAAGCAGAUGGCAAAGUUGCUGUGGUAGCCAAGAAAAGGCUGCAAGUUUCCAAAAACACAACAGAAAAGAAGAAGCCCAAUUUUAGAAGGAAAAGGAAAGCUAUUUUAAAAUGCUCUUUUGAAAAUGUUUGUUCAGAUGAUGCCUUAUCAAAGGAAAACAUGGUUGUCUCUGAGACCGAAGUUUUACUGAAGGAGCUAGAGCAAAUGCUACAGCAGGCGCUGGACUCCACAGGGGCGCCUGAUGAGCCCGAAGAGGAGCGUAGAGAGGAGUUAACUAAAUGCAGCUCUGAAGUCCCAGCAGGCAGUCCAUUCGAAAACCACUAUGAAGAGGACUAUCUUGUAAUUGAUGGGAUAAAAUUAAAAGCUGGAGAAUGUAUUGAAAAUAUAACUAACAAAUUUAAAGAAAUAGAUUCUCUAAUGUCUGAAUUUUAGGGUGUUAUAAAUAUUUUCAAAGGCUAGUUAUAAAGACACUUACAUGUUUAUAUUUUCCCAAAAGUCAAAAGCUUGAAAAUAGGGAAAUAGGUGUAUGUUAUACCAAAGCUGAUAUUUAUAAUAACUUUCUAUUUUAUACUUUGAGAAUAGCCAUUGUUUUGAGAAGCAAUCAAAUGGUACUUAAAUUAGUAAUAAAAAUUUAGGAUUUAAGAAGCCCUGAUAUUUGUAUUUAUAGAUUUUUUUCUUGUGUGCCUGAGUUUUAAAAUGGUUUAUAAACUUACUGCACAAACGCAUGCUUUACAAUGAUUUAUUUAGGCCCUUUAUUCAAAUGUGGCUAUUUAGAUGGCCGUCGAGGCUAUUAUAAUUCAUACAGAUAAUUCAGGUGUAGUAGAGACGUGCGAAUGUAUAUUGGUAGUGGAAUUAAGCUACUACAAAAUAAAAGGAAAUAAUUUUUUAAAAAGUACUGUAUAAUAGAGUUGGUG